AUGGCGAACAAGGGAAUGGAUAGGUCCUUCAUGACCGCUUCUGUGGAAGAUUUGGUCCAGAGGAUGUCCCUGACGGAGAAGGUGUCACUUCUUUCCGGCGAGGAUUGGUGGAGGACCACCGCCGUGCCCAGACUCAACAUCCCUUCCAUCAAGCUCACCGAUGGACCUAACGGCGCCCGAGGUCAAUCUUUCUUCAAAAUGACCCCCGCCGUGGUUCUUCCCAACGCCACCGGCCUUGCUGCUACAUUCUCUCCCACCCUCCCCGCAGAAGCCGGUCGUCUCCUGGCCGCCGAGACCAAAGCACGAGGGGCUGUCGGCCUAUUGGCCCCGACCAUCAAUAUCUGCCGCAGUCCUCUUGGAGGCAGGACCUUCGAGUCAUUCGGGGAAGAUCCGACCCUCAGCGGUAUCAUGGCUGCCAAGUAUGUGAGUGCCCUCCAGGAUGACGGGAUCAGCGCAGCGAUCAAGCACUUUGUCGCCAAUGACCAGGAGCAUGAACGAAUGGGUCAAGACUCCAUCAUUGCGCCCAGAGCGCUUCGGGAGAUUUAUCUUCGACCAUUUCACAUUGCUCAGGCGUUAGCCAAGCCCUGGUCAUACAUGACGUCGUACAACAAGCUCAACGGCACCCAUUGCUCCGAGCAUGAGUGGUUGUUGAGCGGCCUUCUCCGAACCGAAUGGGGGUUUGACGGACUCGUCAUGUCCUACUGGAUGGGGACAUAUUCUGUCGCCGAGGCGAUCAACGCCGGGCUUGAUUUGGAGAUGCCGGGGAAGCCCCGAUGGCGUCAACUGUCGCUCGUGCGGCAGUUGAUGAAUGCUCACAAGAUCUCGCCAGUGACAAUCGACGAGCGCGUGAGAACCAUCUUGAAAUGGGUCCAAAAACUUGUCGUGCUCAACCCUGACACUGUUUACGGGCGCGAUGACUCGAUAGAAUGGACGCGAACGGAAGACCAGGCGGCAGACGCGGCGCUGAUACGGCGCAUCGGCAACGAGGCAAUCGUAAUGCUGAAGAACGAAUCUGCGAGGCUUCGACCAGCCUGGUGUGUCACACCAUGGCAGGGAUUAGUUGACAACAAGCCGGACCAAGUGGACUUACGAUACGCCCUGGGCUGCAAGGGCGCCAAAUUCCUACCCGUCUUUGGUGAGGAGUUUACCAGCAUGGAUGGUACCACCCGCGGCUUUGAUAUGCUUCACUACGCUAUUGUCGACGGCAAGCAGGCCAGCCAGCCAGCCGUCUCUGAGGUCUGGACCAACUCAGACAUCAUGCUCGCUGACUUUAGCCACCCGGACCUUGGUGAUGACUACUUCACCGAGAUCCGGGCCCUGUUUACCGCACCGAUCACCGGAGAAUGGCAAUUCGAGAUCAGCGUCACCGGUCAAGCUUGGGUUUAUAUCGACGACAGACUGUUGGCCGAUCUAUCGAAGGAGCAGAAGCGGACCUCAUCAUUCUUUGGCAACGGAGGCAAUGGUACCGUGAUUACGUUCUCGAUUACGAAGGGCAAGGUCUACAAAUUCCGUCUCUUGCACGACUCCAGAAAACCGCCGCUGGCUCCGGGUCAGGACAGCCAGCCAUUACAGCUCAUCGGCAUGAAACUGGGCUCUUUCCCCGCUGUCAAUGAGGACCAAACGAUCGAUGAGGCCGUAGAGCUCGCCAAAGAGUCUGACAUCGCCUUGUUGAUGGUUGGGUUAGACCAGGAUUGGGAGUCGGAGAGCUAUGACCGACCCGACUUGUCUCUCCCGCUCCGUAUGAACGACCUCAUCCGUCGCGUCGCGACUGAAGCACCAGACACCAAGAAGGUCGUCAUCUUGCAGGCAGGCUCCGCCGUAUCCAUGCCAUGGCUGGAACAUGUCGACGCCGUCUUGUGGCCCUGGUACGGCGGGAACGAGGCUGGAAAUGCCAUUGCGGAUGUCGUAUACGGAACGGUCAAUCCUUCCGGUCGAUUGCCCAUCACCUUACCGAAACGGGAGCUCGACAUUGCGGCAAACCUCAACUUUAAGUCGGCACGAACCAAGACCUACUACGAGGAAGGGAUCUGGGUCGGCUACCGUCACUUCAACGCCCGGGGCAUCGAACCCCUGUAUCCCUUCGGUCACGGCCUCUCAUAUACUACCUUUGAUUAUUCCGACCUCACCGUGGGGCCGUCCGCAUCAUCUUCCCCUGACUCAUGGCGCAUCUCGGUUUCCGCCAGAGUCACCAAUACUGGCACGGUACCUGGUGCUCAUUCCGUCCACUUCUACACGAGCCCGCCCCCACCAACAAUGACUUCCCUCACGCAUCCGGCUGUCACUCUGCAAGCGUUCGCAAAGACCGCUGUACUUCGGCCCGGUCAGUCCGAGAGAGUCACCGUGGAGAUGGACAAAUUCGCUAUAUCCCACUGGGAUGAACUGACAUCGACAUGGCAAGCCGAGCCCGGGCAAUGGCACGUCAAGAUAGGAAGGGAUGCACAGACCAUGUGCAUUGAAGCUCCGUUCAACGUCGCCCCCGGCUUCAAAUGGCACGGGUUAUAG